UCUGCAGUAUAUUUAAAGUCUCCGUGCCAAGGGGAUAAAAAAUUGCAGCAAGAUGUUUAAUUGUCAAGAGUUAGCAUGCACAGAGGUCAAUUUUUAUUGUAGUUGUUUGCCUCCAUAUUUGAAGAUUUGCUCUUACCUCUUUUCAGUCUUUUUACUUUUGGAUCAUACGAUGGGGAGCAAGGAAAACAAUGAAAAGAUAAAAGCAAUCAGAGCAAUUUUGGGCUCCGAGUCAUCAGAAAUGGACAUAAUCAGAGCUCUUCAUCUUGCAAAAAAUGACAUUACUAGGGCUAUAAACAUUAUUUUUGACAUUCCUGGGUUUCAAAAUAGGGACAAGUUCAAUAUCAAACGCACCACACCUGGUGCUGGAGCUCGAGUUUCAGUGGCCAACAAUCAUGUUUCUUCUAGGAACAAUCUAGAUUACUCUAUUAUGGAAACUCCUGUAAUGGAUAAAGACAAAAUGAUCAUUCCAUAUGUGCACAUGGAAGCUACACAGAGAAAUGAACAUGGAGUUUCCACACCAUUGAAGCAAGAUUCUCCAAGAACACCCUAUAUGCGAAUGACUCAAUCACAAUCGCUGGCUAAGGUUGACAGAAGUGCAAUUGUAUGUGUCGAUUCAAAGUCUUAUGACAGAAGUGCCAUUGUAUGUGUUGACGAUUCAGAGUCUUAUGAUAAAUCCAAGUUCUCUAGUCAAGGAUAUGAAUUGAGCAUAAUUGAGGAAUCGAGUUGCUUCUCCAGUAGUGAGGGUGGUGAAGGGUUCAGUGCUCCUCAGAUGGAGGAUGAUUGGUGGUUUGUUGGUAGCACUGAAGUGACAGGUUUUUCAACUUGUAGAGGUAGGAAGAUUAAGAGAGGAGAUGUUGUUACAUUCUCUUUUCCCGAUCCUUCCAAUCAAUCUCACUCUAGAUAUUGGGGAAGAGGAAGAGCUGUUGCUGCCUGUUCUGAGAUUGUGAGAUUCUCCACAGAAAGAUCUGGAGAGAUUGGUCGCCUUCCUACCGAUUGGACUCGAUGCCUUAUUCCUUUGAUCAACUCAAAAAAAGUGACAGUAGUGGGUCAUUGUGUAGCUGCACCUGAAACCCUUGGGUUGAUGAACUGUAUACUGCUGAAUAUCAGGUUGUAUAUCCAUGAUUCGAUUUUUACAAAUGACAGUGGACUUCCAUCAAAAUUGAUUGUUUCGUUGACAGAGGAUAGUACGGUUCACCCUCUUCCAACUUUGUUCAAGUUGCUUGGCAAGGAGCCCUUUCAAAAGGCUGAAUUCACUCCUGAUGAUCUCUACACGAGGAAACGUUCUCUAGAAAUUAGGGAUAGCUCCAGGGACUCAAUACCAUCACUACCUGCACGCAAAUGCCGCAAGCUUACUUCAGGUGUGGAAAAACAGGAAGAUGAAGGAGAGGAGGCUUUGUCUGAUUCAGAUUUGAACAAACUAGUUGGUGCAUCGGAAAGCUGCUAUCUAGAGGAAAAGGAACCACCAACUACUUUGUUGUGUGAAUUACGUCCAUAUCAGAAGCAAGCACUGUUUUGGAUGACUAAAUUGGAAAAGGGAACAGAAAUGGAAAAGGCUGCAAAAACCCUCCAUCCCUGUUGGAAUAGCUACCAUAUUGCCGACAAGAGAGCAACAGUGGUUUAUGUCAAUGUCUUCUCAGGGGAGGCAUCUAAUAAGUUUCCCAGUGCCUUGAAAAUAACAAGAGGAGGAAUUUUGGCAGAUGCAAUGGGGCUUGGGAAGACUGUGAUGACAAUUUCUCUUUUGCUUGCAAACCCUGGAAGAGGAGGCUCUGCUAAGGUUACAGAUGAUGUUGAUCUUUAUAAAGAUGACUCUGGUGUAAUAACUCUUCCAGAUUCCUCCUCCCCUUUAACUGAAACAAAUCAGAAGCAUAAUGAUGCUGCAAGUAAAACCAACUUGAGACAAUCUGGAAGACAAUUUCAUAAGGGAGGGGGCACCCUCAUAGUAUGUCCCAUGACAUUGUUAGGGCAAUGGAAGACGGAAAUUGAGGCCCAUGUGCAAUCUGAAUCCUUAUCUGUUUAUGUUCAUUAUGGAGAAAGCAGAGCAAGAGAUGCCAAACCUCUUUUGGGACAUGAUGUCGUCUUGACCACAUAUGGAGUGUUGUCAUCAGGAUUCCAGUCUGAGAAUCCUCAAGAAGAAAGUGUGCUUCAUGCAAUACACUGGUUUAGGGUGGUGCUUGAUGAGGCACAUACCAUAAAGUCCUCCAAGUGCAGAGUAUCGCAAGCUGUAUUUGCCCUUGUUGCGGAUCGCCGCUGGUGUCUUACAGGAACUCCCAUACAGAACAAACUUGAGGACAUUUACAGUCUUCUCCAUUUUCUACGGGUUGAGCCAUGGAGUAACUGGGGAUGGUGGUAUAAAUUAAUUCAGAAACCUUAUGAGGAAGGUGAUGAACGUGGGUUGAAAUUAGUACAGGCUAUUUUAAGGCCACUAAUGUUGCGGAGGACAAAAGACAGCACCGACAAAGAUGGCAGACCCAUUCUUGUUCUUCCUCCAACUGAUGUGCAAGUAAUUGAGUGUGAGCUUUCUGAAGCUGAGAAUGACUUCUAUACAGCUUUGUAUAAAAGAUCUAAGGUCAAAUUCGAUCAGUUUGUGGAACAAGGCAAAGUUCUUCAUAACUAUGCUUCGAUUCUGGAGUUGCUUUUAAGGCUGCGCCAAUGUUGUGAUCAUCCCUUUCUUGUCAUGAGCCGUGGUGAUACACAACUCUAUUCUGAUAUGAACAAACUAGCAAAACGUUUUCUUGAAGGAAGCAAGCUGUCUGCUAAAGGAGAUUCUCAUACUGCACCCACAAAAGCUUAUAUUGAAGAAGUGGUUGGAGAGCUUAGUAAUGGUGGAAGAGGAGAAUGUCCUAUUUGUCUCGAAUCAAUCGAAGAUGCAGUGCUUACACCUUGUGCACAUCGUAUGUGUCGUGAAUGCCUAUUAGCAAGCUGGAACAAAUCUUCAAGUGGCUUUUGUCCUAUAUGCAGAUAUACUAUAAGCAAACAUGAUUUGAUCACGUGUCCAACAAAUAGCCGGUUCCAAAUAGAUGUUAAGCAAAAUUGGAAAGAAUCAUCAAAGGUUUCUGCUCUUUUAAAAGAGUUUUCUGGACUUAAGGCAUCAGGGUCAAAAAGUAUUGUCUUUAGCCAGUGGACUUCCUUUUUAGACCUUUUGCAGAUACCUUUUCAAAGGAUGAAUUAUGGGUUUGUGCGCUUGGAUGGAACAAUGAGCCAACAACAGAGAGAGAGAGUGAUCAAGGAAUUCAGCCAAAAUCCACAUAUUUUGGUGAUGCUCAUUUCCUUGAAGGCUGGAGGUGUGGGGAUAAAUCUAACUGCCGCAUCUAAUGUUUUUCUGAUGGACCCAUGGUGGAACCCUGCAGUUGAGGAGCAGGCAAUUAUGCGCAUUCACCGCAUUGGUCAGACCAAGGAAGUUAAAGUCAGGCGUUUCAUCGUUAAGGGUACAGUAGAAGAAAGGAUGCAGCAGGUUCAGGCACGCAAGCAGCGAAUGAUUGCUGGAGCUCUAACUGAUCAAGAGGUCCGCAGUACAAGGAUUGAAGAGCUUAAAAUGCUAUUCAGAUAGUUAUGCGGUUUUGUACAGCAAUUUUUUGGUGCUCGGAAAGAAUAUCCACAUUUUUUGUAUGUAAAUUUGUCUAAGGGGACGCUGUAAUCAUAAUUCUAUCUAUACAUUCAGAAUUAAUAUAUUCUUUGAUGAAAAACAAAAUGGUUUUGAUGUUCCCAAAUUAGAUUCUUUUGGCAAAUGUACAUGAAACUAUUCCCAAAUAGAUUCUUUUGGCAAACGUACAUGAAACUAUUUGCCCAAUUUUGUAAUUCUCUUGAAUGAAUUUUAGGCAUUUAUGAACACCCAGAUUUGGUUUA